UUGCUGUUGCAUGCGUUUUGUAUCACGAAAGUCGAUGUGUACUUUUGUAAGAAAAUUCUGCAGCUGCUGAAUCGGUUGUUUUUGUUUUGUUUUGGAUUUUCCUCCAAGGACACCAAUGUCACCUGCGCUGUGAUUGCCGUUUUGGGAAGGGAAUUGAAACGAUACCAACUGUCACGUACGGUCCGUAACGGUGCUCACUGUGAAUCAAGGACAGCAUUAUGAACUCACAUCAAAUGCCGGAGGGGCAGGUACAAAGAUACGAGUCGGACAAACGGGCUUGGGAAGAUGCUAUCCGAGCCUAUACCGGUUCCGAUCAGUUGGACAUUUGGUUCAAUUACAUCUGCUGGCUGGAGCAGCACAAGGUUUUCGACAAAGCGGGUGGCUUCCGGAAAAUACUCGAACAGUGUCUGUCUAACUUCGAGAAUUUUGAAAUUUAUAAGCAAGAUGUACGGAUGGUUAAACUCUGGAUGAAGUUUAUCGAUAUGCAAGCUAAUCCUUUGAAUCUGUACCAAUUUCUGUACAAAAAGAAUGUUGGUACUCAGUGCGCUUGCUUUUAUAUCGGAUGGGCACAUUACUAUGAUGCUGCGAGUGCUUUCAAACAGGCCGAGUCGAUUUACAAUUUGGGCAUACAAGUUAAAGCCCAACCGAUGGAGGAGUUACAAGAAGCUCAGAACAAAUUUCGUCUAUCGAUAGCACAAAGAAUGCUCUACAAUGAUGCUUCGUCAAAGAAGCGAUCGGCCAACACACUAGUCGAGCAGAGACAGCAAAUAACAUCGCUCAGUCCUCCACAGAAGAAGCUGAAAGUGGAUACAGUAGAAUACUAUCAGCCACAAACGCAACCACAGUCUCAACUACAGCCGCAGCAGCAACCACAAGUGCACCAACAGCUGCAGCAGAAGCAGCAGCAGCAGCCACCACCACCACAGCAGCAACCACCAGUUCAAACUCCUGUACAAGUACCACAAACGCAACAGCAAGCCCAACAUUCGCAACUUCAGCAGCAACAGUAUCAUCAUGCUACUUAUUAUCAACAUCAGCAACAACAACCACACACAUCUCAGCCGACAGUUGUUACAACAACGCCUACCGCUGCCAGUUCUACAAUGACAGCUGAACAGUACUACCAGCAGGAUAAACAAAACUCCUACUAUCAAAACAACAAUCAGCCCGUUUAUCAGCAUCCACCGACUGUUUCGCCGCAAACUCAAACCCACAGUCACACAUCGGUUCAUCCUCACCAUCAACCGCAACAUCAUCCGCAAAAUCCACCACAGCGACAGAACCAACCUUCUCAAAUGCAACACCACUCACAAAUACAUCAUCACGCUCCCACGGCAACGCAGUCUCAACCACCGCAGCAGCUACAUCAAUCUGUACAACCGAAACCGCAACCUACCGCUCGGCUUCAUUCGCAAGUAAUAAUGCACGCCCCACCCGCUGCUACACAACCGCGAACUGUGGCUCAUCCAGAACCCCAAAUACCCCCAGUUGCACAGCCACAUCCACAACCGCAAUCUCAAGUUCAUUUGCAACAAAUUCGAUCGGAGCAACCAGUUCACAAAUCAGUGAUCAUCGAAAAUUACGGUCUUGCGAAUGACAGCAACAUCGAGUGUAAUCUGAACAACUCCGCGUAUGUCAUAUCAUCUUCGUUAAAUUACGUGUACGACGAUCUUACCGGUUAUUCGAUAGAGGAGCCAACCGUAGAAAAGGUGGAGCUUGAUCCGGCAGCAAUUCGGCUACCAGCCAACUUUGCCCGGGAUGCCCGUUCCAACCAUGAACGGUGGGAUGUACCGCUCUGUCUGGAAGAACCAUACGAUCCCAAUCGUAAGUGUUGCUAUCCGAAAGGAGUUGUUUACCCUGAUUUGCAUACCGGUAAACCAACGAUGGAAUUUUCGAUGGAGGAAAUUCGGGCUAGAAAGUGGUUCCGACGACGGGAGGAACUCGAGGAACAGAAGAAAGUUAAGCAGCAGCAGCUGGAGCUGGAAAAGCAACGCCAGGAAAAUCAACGACGGUUGCAGCUUCAAUAUCAACAACAGCAACAGGCUCAACAACAACAACAACAGCAACAGGCUCAACAACAACAACAACAGCAACAGGCUCAACAACAACAACAACAGCAACAGGCUCAACAACAACAACAACAACAACAGGUUAACUAUGGUCAUCCACAGCAUCAUACGGCGACGAAACAAAGGGGCUAUCAACCACCAAAUCAGUAUCAACAUACAACCUAUCAACAGCAUCCAUCGAAUCCAAAUGCUCAUCACUAUCAGCAAACUGUUCCUCAACAGCAAGAAGCAGUCCGGACUGUGUCACCAGCGCAAGCAGCAGCCCAUUACUACCAUCAGCAUCAACAAGCGCAUCAUCCAGCCGUCCAACAGACACAGCACACGCCAGUUCAACCUGGCCAACAUCCACCAAUUCAACCUGUACAACAUCCACCAAUCCAACCUGUCCAACAUCCCCCAAUUCAACCUGUCCAACAUCCACCAGUUCAGCCCAUUCAGCAUCCACCAAUUCAAUCCAUGCAACAUCCACCAAUCCAACCUGUACAACAUCCAUCAGUUCAACCCGUUCAGCAUCCACCAAUCCAACCUGUCCAACAUUCACCUGUACAACAUCCACCAAUCCAACCUGUCCAACAUCCACCAGUUCAACCCGUUCAGCAUUCACAAAUGCACAACAAUUAUUCACAAUAUCGGCAUCCUUACCCUCAGAACCCAAGCCCAUACCAAACAACAGCCGUUCCAGUUCAUCAGCAGUCUCCAGUACAGCAGCAACAAUCACCAUAUCAACAACACUCACCCUACAAUAAUCACUAUGCAGGUUACAACCCUCAAAGCUAUAACCACAGUCAGCCAGUUCAUCACUCACCCGUUCAAGUGCAAUCUCCGCAUCACUACCAUUCCCUACAACCUCAACAUUCCCAUCACGUUCCACAGCAGCAACCGCUCCAAAAUUGUGCACCUGAAUCUCCCGUCAAACUCUCAGUUCCUUCAGCUCAUCCGAUUCCUAAAGAACCAUCAAGUCAACAAAUUCAGCGUAAUCCUCCGGCUAGACCAACUCCAAAGCCACAGCAACCUGCACCACAGCAGACACAUGUCCAGUCAGUUACCCCGACCAUACCUGCCAGCCAACCAAUUCAACGUUCAAAUGCGCCACAGCUACCGAAACCUCAAUCACUGGCUCCACAGAACCAUUCACAGCUACGACCACCCGCACCUGCCCCACCGGUGCCAGCACCUACCCCACCUGCACCGGCACCCACUCCAACAACAACACCCGCCCCAGCACCAGCACCAGCCCCGCAGGUUCGUAAGACAACAGUCGCCGGCAAGUCUAUCAACAAUUGUGACGAUUUCGAAGAACAGAUUGAAGCGUCGACGAUUCGUUUCUCUACGUCUACCGAAAAUGGAACAAGCAAAAGUAAAACCAUCACCAUCAAAUUCAAGAAGGAUAAGUCGGCGUGUACAGCCCCAAGUCCGGUUACUACGCCAUCCUCACACAGUCAAUUGAAACCCCCUGCUGUGGCAUCCAGUUCCAAUGUGGCUAAAACUGACACCAGCAAAAAGUCCAAAAAAGUGCCUUCCACAACAAUCGUCUCGCCUCCUGUGGCGGCCCGGCCGAUCCUGGCCGCACCGGAGGCGAAAUCCAAACAAACUGACAAAAAGAGUAAAUCAACCAGCAAAAGUAAAUCAUCGGCCAAGUACGAUUCGGAUGCGACUGUUAUUGCGACAAAGCGUGCUAACGACGUCAAUUUGCGACAGGGUUCACUUUCCAAUGAAGACGACGAUUCGUAUUCAUCAUCGCCCGGUAUUGGCAAGGCGAAAUACAAGAACAAGUCCAAAGUUCGCUAUGUUGUGGACGAGGAUGAAGACGACGAGGAAGAUGGUCGUGAAUAUCUUGACUCGGAUGAAGAUGAGUACGACGACGAUGAUGAGGAUGACCUGGAGGAAGAAGAAGAGGAAGAAGAAAAUGAUUCGUCCUACCAGUCAAACUCGGAGUUCAACACAUCGUUUAGCAACAUUUCCUUCGCCGGUGACAACAGCAAUGGUGCAUUCAAUUUCGGUGGUAGUUCGUGCUCCACACCGUUGCGGAACACUCAAACCUCAAGCGGAAUAUCCAAAACAUCAACACCGGUAGGAUCGUUCCGGUUUCUAAGAAAGCACGAGUCCAAUCUCUCGCUGGGACAAAAUGAGGACUCGAUGAGUUCAACGAUGGUGGAGAAUAGCUAUUUCCAGACGGAACAUGACGAGGAAGGUCGACGACGUAGAAAGGAGAAAGCGCUGGCCAUCAUCGAUACCCAUAUGAAUAAACCGUUCCUAGACCCAUUCAGCAGUGAGCUGUGUAAAGCGUUCCUUACAAAGGUUGAUUUUCCUGCACGGGAAAACAGUUGUGGUUACAAACUGGUUAACAAUAAUCUGCCCAAGCUGAUUAAAUCGCAAACGGCCUGCCUGGGCGGCACGACGUACAGCAUCGAAAAAGAGGUUGGUCGGGGCUCGUACGGUUCGGUGUUCCGGGCGGUGAACACUCACACUGGAGCCGUGGUGGCGAUCAAGUAUCAGAAACCGGCCAACACGUGGGAAUUGUAUAUAUGUACUGAAGUGAAGAAGCGAAUAAAAAAUCCAGAAAUCUUGCCUGGUUUUAUGGACAUCUGCUCGGCUGUGAUUGCACCGAACGCAAGCGCUCUGGUGUCAGAAUUCUCGCAGUAUGGUUCGCUGCUGGAUAUCAACAAUAAAAUUCGAACCGCAACGACGAAGGUCAUGCAUGAAUCGCUGGUUAUGCAUUUCAGCAGCCAGAUCUUGGCGAUUGUGGAAUAUCUUCACGCGUGUAACAUUAUUCAUGCAGAUAUCAAGCCGGAUAACUUCCUGUUGAUGCAAAUCCCAACAGUGGAGUCCGACAUACCGACACUUCGUCUGAUAGACUUUGGCUGUGCUAUCGAUAUGAAUUUCUUCGAAAAGAAGCGACAAUUCAAGAAGGUGAUCCAAACGGAUGGAUUCACGUGUGUCGAGAUGCAGGAGGGACGCCCGUGGUCAUUCCAGACUGAUUUGUUCUGCGUAGCCGGAACGAUCCAUGUGAUGCUGUUCGGUGAAUACAUGCAACUGACGAAGAAGGUCGACUCGGACUGGGAAAUUAAACAGAAACUGCCAAGAUAUCUUAAGAAACAUGUCUGGAGUGAAGUGUUCCAAAAACUGCUAAACAUCAAGGACAUCAACCACAUGCCGAAGCUCAGUGUACUCAAGGAACUGAUCGAUGGCGAAGUUUUCAACAUGGAGUCCGAAUUGGUGAAGCACAUACGUACGUUAUCGAAUCUGCUGAAACGGCGUUAAGGUUAGUUUAUUACCUGAACCGGAGUAACAGAGCACACUAGCUGGUCUGGUAAGUGGUGUCUUUCUAGACGAAUUUUUUUGGGACUAAGCACCUGAGUGAAAGUUGGAAGAUCAAAUACCUAUUUAUAUAUAUCGUAUAUAGUCGCUGCACUAAUCUAUAAAACAGAGGGAGUUAUAGAACUUAAUCCCACACUACAGUAGCGACAUUGCCAUGUCGAAACAGGAGGAAACACUACGAUAGAGCAGGAACAGCGUGUUCCUGCUAGAGCUAUAUUUAUUCUUAACUACUCUCAAAACAGGGUAGCCUUACUUGCUAAUUUAAAUGCUGCACACAGUCAAAAAGUACUGACAAAAUUGUACUACGGAUACAAUUGUAUAUUUUGGAAAAAAAUGGUGAACAAUUGUAUAUUAAAUGUAAGCAUUAGGAUGGUAUAAUAAACUGGUUCUGUAACCUAAUCAAAUGGCUUAAGAAAAGCUAUCGACAAA